CAUGGCUGCAUGGUAGAAGCAUGCACAUUAGCAUCUGCCCUCGGGUGCAGUGUACAGGGUAGUGAGCAGACGAGAGUCUCGUGUCACUUGGUGGCGUCUCGACCGUCACAAAAAGCCCAUUCCUAAUGGCGUGUGACGCCUGCUACAGGCGCAAGGUCCGAUGUGACCUUGACAAUGGUCCGCCAUGUUUGGCAUGCCUCACUAUUGGCGCCGAAUGCAGCUUCCGGCUCGCUGAAGAGCACAAGGCCAGGCGCAGAGCCCGUAAGACCAAGCAACCCCCGAGAUCUUCUGCCAAUACCACACCGGCCACGACGUCCCGGCGGGCGACGUCGGUGUCUCUCCCUGCGGCCCAUGAAGGCUCACCAAGUCGUCAGGACCGAUUGGAGCGAUCAAGCCCACAAGAAAGAGGUGGAAACGCGCAACCGAUAGUGCCUACAGAAGCCGACAUGGUGGAAGACACACUGGCAAAGACCGCGCUAACACGGUUCUACCACCAUAGCGUCAACAAGUCCAAUUGGGAGAUAUUCCAUGAAAAGGGCGUUAUGCGUAUUGCGUAUGUGGGAAAUCCCAUAGCGAACCUGGCGCAGAUUGUCAAUGAAGAAGCAUACUUCAGUGGGAAUGAAAGUUCGACGUUGCAUCUGCCAUUCCCGGCAAUCCGGCCGACACUACCAUGGAAGCCAACAUCGAGCAUGCCCCAGGUCAAGUGGCAUUCUCAAUCUUUUGCCAGCGACAUCAGCUCUUUACCGUCUAAAGACGUUCGCGACGACCUUAUAGACUCGUUCUUUGAGAAGGUUCAUCCGGGAUUUCCAGUCGUGGACGAAUUUGCGUUCAGAAGUGCGUACAGUGAUCUCACAAACCCUCCUCCUCUUCUACUGUUCCAGGCAGUGUUACUGGCGGGUGCCCAUGUUAGUCAGCACCCGAAUAUUGUAUCAUCGAGGUCCUUUGUCAAAAUGGUUCUUUUCCGAAGAGCCAAAGCCCUAUUCGAUUUGCGGUAUGAGAACGAUCGAAUGCACAUGGUUCAGGCAGCUUUGCUCUUUACAUGGCAUUUCGAAGGGGCAGACGACGUAAGCUCAAACGCAUACUCUUGGGCAGGGAUUGCCUGUCGCACGGCCUUCGGCCUGGGCAUGCAUCGGAAUCUGUCCGCCGACGCGCCCAGCUUGAUGCCUGUCGAUGAUCGGAGGAUAUACAGGAGAAUCUGGUGGACAGUCUUCCAGACUGAAGUCCUCGCCAGCUUACACCAUGGGCGGCCUUCGAUGAUCGACCUGGAUGAGAUUGAUCAACCACCGCUGGAUGAGGACGAUCUUAUUGAGCAAGACGGGAAUCGAAAUGCUAAAGUCGACCUUGACUUUUGUGUACAGAACUCCAACUUGUGCACCAUCAUUCUCUCGAUAAUGAAGCUCUCGAGCCCUGGGGCCGUGCAGAGAUACCGUUCCGCGCCAGACCAGUUCACAAUCGCCCAAGGGAAUCUCGACCAACGGCUCGUUUCGUGGUAUCUGCAUCUUCCGGCCCACCUCACAAACACGUCGAAUCCUACAUUUUGGGCACUGCAGCUUCAAAUGCAUUACAACCUAGCACUGUUGAAACUACACCGGCUGUCACGAACGCUGUUCCCUACAAUGAAAGGCAUCCAAGAAACAAAUUCUUCAAGGACAUGUCAUAGAGCAGCCUCCUCCAUCUCAAAAAUCUUUGAUGGCAUUGUGUCAAUCGAUCGACUCGGCAGUUGCUGGAUCACUGGCCUUACUUCACUGUUGGCCAUAACUAUUCAAGUCAGCCACGAGGCACGGACUGCGGCCAAAGAUGGAGUGGCUGUCCUUGCCAUUCAAGCACAAAAUGACCUGGAGCGGAUUCUGCCCGUCAUAUCUGCAUUGUCUCAGUAUUGGUCCAGUGCCGAGGCAAUCCUACGGCUUUAUGAAGACUUGCUCAUACAGUUCAAGAGGCAGUCUAUGUUGUGGGCCGAUCCGCAGCCACUUACACAAUCCCCUGCAAACUCUCAGGGAGUACAUAGCGACCCUAAUUUUGUCUCUUGGGUCGAUGACAAUGAUAGCCUUGGAAGUGCAGGCGCCUUCGGAUCUGACUGGCAAGCUCUCUUCGGAGCAGGAUUGCCCUCGGAAGCGGCAGAGAUGACCUUUGACAGUCUUGACCAUUCAUCAUAUCUGUAAGACUUUUGAUUCCUUGGAAGCGAAUUCAUGUUGGCGCGCGUACGACUUGGAUACUGGCCUUGGUAACGGUCAAACUCCGCAUCCCCGCGACUGGACCACCUGAGUGCCAUUACCCAGCCCUUUUGUACUUCCAGAACUGCCGGCUUUUGCAAGGCCAAUCACGCAAGCCUUGAUGGACUCUAGACAAGUUACGUCUUACAGUCUACUGGUCCGGCUAUGAACCCAUGCCCCAUACCCCGCACUUUGCACAGGGGUCAAGGUCGGCA